GCGAAAGUGAGAUAAAAAAAACUGUCUCGAUGGUUCUUCGUGGCUUAUUGGCUCCUGCGGCAGCUCGUUGGAGGAGAAGUAAGGUCGCGAAAAGAAGCCAGAACGCCGCCUGGGAUAGCGUAAAUGCGCCUGUCGGCCAAUUGGGAUUGUCACGUUAUGGACCGCAGGUGAUGAGCGUGCUGUGUUUAUGCACCUCUAGCGUCCACCAAUCUACCCGUAACGUCACGCAGGCCGGCAAGAUACUCCCGAGUCCGCCGUCAAACACCCUUUGCGAGCAGCGAAUAACGCCCUCGCAGGAAAUACCCACUGACGAGCUGGCUCUAUUAGCUAAGCUGGAGGAAGCCAAUAGGCUGAUCGAAUCAGAUGCAAAGUCACUGAAUUCUCUCCAGAGCAAUCAUAGCAGAAAGGGCUCCGAUACAUCUCAAGUGUCUGUGGCGUCGGGGGGCAGCGGAGGCAACGGCGAUGCUGCGCCCCGACGCCAUCCAGCCGACGGUGAAGAGAAUACGUGGACUCUCUGGGGUCAUAUAGUGGCUGACUGGGAUUAUAAUUGGAAGAAACGGAAAGAAUUUGUUAAGGAAUUGGUUCGUCAAGGCAUACCUCACCAUUUUAGGGGCAUUGUCUGGCAAUUAUUAAGCGGUGCCCAUGAUUCUCCAGUUAAGAAGCAAUUUGCCGAAUACAUUAAGGCAACAUCAGCUUGUGAAAGGAUAAUUAGAAGGGAUAUCGCUAGGACGUACCCAGAGCAUGACUUUUUUAAAGAAAAGGAUGGUUUUGGGCAGGAGAGUUUGUUUAACGUUAUGAAAGCAUAUAGCCUACACGAUCGCGAAGUAGGAUACUGCCAAGGUUCAGGAUUCAUAGUAGGAUUACUUUUAAUGCAGCAAAUGCCAGAAGAAGAAGCUUUUGCUGUACUCGUAGCACUAAUGCAAGAGUAUCGCUUGCGGGAUAUGUUCAAACCAAGUAUGGCUGAAUUAGGAGUGUGCAUGUAUCAACUGGAACAUUUAGUUGCUGAUGCACAUCCUGAACUUCAUGCUCACUUCACGGCCCAAGGUUUCCAUACGUCGAUGUAUGCAUCUUCUUGGUUUCUUACACUAUUUACUACAGCGCUAAGCCUUCCCCUAGCAUGUCGUAUUUUUGACGUCUUUCUAUCGGAGGGGAUGGAGAUUAUCUUUAAAGUUGCAUUGGCAAUGCUGCAGUUAGGCAAAGAAGAUUUGCUCAGUUUGGAUAUGGAAGGCAUGUUGAAGUUUUUCCAAAAGCAAUUGCCUGGGAAGGCCGAAAAAGAUCCUGAUGGCCUCAUGACGCUCGCAUAUGGAAUGAAAAUCAAUCCGAAAAGAAUGAAGAAACUAGAAAAAGAUUACACCAUUUUAAAGAUGAAGGAGCAAGAAGAGAUGGUCGAGUUACGCAGGCUCAGAGCAGAAAACAGAUUGCUUAGGCAAAGAACUGAACUUCUGGAAGCGGAAUCCGCCGAACUAGCUGAUAGAUUAGUUAGAGGUCAAGUGUCACGCGCCGAAGAGGAAGAGACUGCUUUCAUAGCUCAAAGAGAAUUGGCAGCGCUUCGUCAUUCACAUCUCGAGACCAGCCAUCAACUCGAACAAGCUCAUGAAGAAUUGAGAUCAUUAUCGGUUCUUCUUGAGGAGAACGUAACAUCUAGACAGUCAUCACUAGACGAGAUAGUAGUGAAACAAGAAGCCUUAUCACAGAAAGAGGAGAUGAUACAAUGUUUGCAAGAGGAAUUGGUUAGAGUUAGAUUACAUGAGGCAGAAAACGAUGCAUUGAUUAGAGAACUCAGAGGAAGGAUACAAGAAUUAGAACAAGAUAAGAAGACUCUGCGCGAAUCGACGCCAGACAAUUCCGUAGCUCAUUUACAGGAAGAACUUAUUGCAGUUAAGCUUAGAGAAGCAGAAGCCAAUUUAUCUUUAAAGGAUCUGCGGCAGAGGGUUAUGGAGUUAAGUGCAGCUUGGCAGAGGCAUCUACAAGAACAUCGGUCUGCUCAAUCAGUGCCUGCCGCUGAUUCUACGCCAAAGAAAUUGCUUUUUUGGGAAAAUCGGGGUCAUGAAGUACAGAAGUUUGAGGAAGAUUUAAUGACGACCAGAAUUCGGGAGAUGGAAGCGUUGACUGAAGUUAAAGAGUUACGACUUAAAGUUAUGGAGCUUGAAACUCAAGUGCAAGUAGCAACUAAUCAGCUCCGUAGACAAGACGAGGGCGGAAAAGUACUUAAGGACGAAUUGGAAGCUGCAUUAGCACGAGAGAAGGAUCUAGCUGCCAAAUUUAGAGAACAACAGCAUAAGUAUUCCGAUCUGGAAUCGAAAAUGAAGGACGAAGCUAUGAUGGCCAGGAUACGUGAUGCCGAACACGCGCAGUAUGUGGCAGAACUUACGCAGAAAAUAUCUCUUCUCGAAUUGAAGAAUGAAGAGAUGCAUGCGGAAGGUGAACUUAGGAAUAAUUUAGAUGACAGUGAGAAAGUAAGGGAGCUUCAAGAUAAAGUUGCUGAAUUAAAAGCCGAGGUCAUGAGACUAGAGAGUUGGAAACAACGAUGGACGGGACUCGGCGGACAAACCAUGCGAAGUUUUAGCGUCGAUACUGAAAGCGAAUUGGACGAGCGGGAUCUCAGAAUUUGCUUGCAGGAUCAUAUCAAUACGACCACGCCAAACUCACCUGAGGUAUAGAAUUCUAUGUAUACCAAGACCAUUAGGCAGCUAAACAAUACUCCGUUAUCGAUACGCGCGAACUUUUUGUUCAUCAUCGGCUUUUGCUGUAGGAAACGCGUAUGCGCUUAGACCGUAACACAAGAGUAGACCGUAAUAAUCCUGUUUACAUGUAUUAGUUAUUAUUAGGCCAAAUAUAA